GGGGACCGGAGGGCACUCGCCCUGCGCGACGCGGGUCGAUUUUCCAGGUGCAGAGUUCACUCCCGCGCCGCGGCGGUGCUCGGGAUCCGCGGCACCCAGGAGGUCGGACGGACGCGGAGUUCGAGAAGGGUGCUGCGCCGGCCGGACCCGACGCCACGCCUCGCCGCACCUUCCCCUCAGGCGGUGACCUUUGGGCUUUGGGCUGAAACGGGAGAGGAAAUCGGUGUCCGCAGGGCGAGAUGCCGGAACAGGAGCGACAGGUCUCGGCCGCGGAAGGGGGCGAUGAGAAAAUUUUAUCCAAGUUGGCUUUGCCCACUCAUGCCUGGGAAGCAGCAAUGAAGCAGCGUUUUGCCUUUGACAAUGUUGGUUUUGAAGAUACUCUGGAUGGCAUGUGCCCUUCCCCAACGACCACUGGCACAAUCAGGAUUUUGGGCAUGACUUGCCAGUCAUGUGUGAAAUCCAUUGAAGGCAGGAUUUCUAGUUUGAAAGGUAUCGUGAGCAUUAAGGUUUCCCUGGAACAAGGAAAUGCAACUGUGAAAUACGUACCAUCACUCAUGAGCUUGCAGCAGAUUUGUCAUCACGUUGGUGACAUGGGCUUUGAGGCCAGUGUCACAGAAGGGAAGGCCGCAUCUUGGCCCUCCAGGUCCUUGUCCCCGCAGGAGGCUGUGGUCAAGCUGCGGGUGGAGGGCAUGACCUGCCAGUCCUGUGUCAGUUCCAUCGAAGGCAAGAUUGGGAAACUGCAAGGUGUAGUAAGAGUCAGAGUCUCCCUUGGCAACCAGGAGGCAGUCAUCACGUAUCAGCCUUACCUUAUCCAACCCGAAGAUCUCAGGGAACAUGUAAUUGACAUGGGAUUUGAAGCUGCCAUCAAGAACAAAACGACUCCCUUAAGCUUGGGACCAAUUGAUAUUGCACGGCUGCAAAGAGCUAACCUCAAGAGACCUCCAGUUUCUACAAACCAGAAUUGUAAUAAUUCUGAAACCUCAGGCAUUAUUAUUCCAGGAAACCCUGUAAGCCAGGGUGCCACCCUGAAUCUGAGAGUAGAUGGAAUGCACUGUAAGUCUUGUGUCUUGAACAUUGAAGAAAAUAUAGGCCAACUUGCUGGGGUUCAAAAUAUCCAAGUGUCCUUGGAGAACAGAACUGCGCAAGUAUGGUAUGACCCUUCCCGUGUCACCCCCGUGUCUCUGCAGAAGGCCAUUGAAGCACUUCCACCUGGGAACUUCAAAGUUUUUCUUCCAGAUGGAGCAGAAGUGAGUGGGACGGAGAACAGGACUUCCAGUGGUUAUUCUCCUGGCUCCCCCCAGAGAAACCAGGUACAGGGUGCAUGCAGUACCAUGAUGCUCGCCAUUGCUGGCAUGACCUGUAUGUCCUGUGCCCAGUCCAUCGAAGGCGUGAUCUCCCAGCGGGAAGGGGUGCAGCGAAUAUCAGUCUCUUUGGCUGAAGGGACUGGGACGGUUUUCUAUGAGCCCUCUGUAAUAAGCCCAGAAGAGAUUAGAGCUGCUGUGGAAGACAUGGGAUUUGAGGCUUCCAUCGUUCCUGAAAGUGACUCAGCCAGGCUUGCUGUUGAGAGUUCCACCGUGCAAACUAAAAAUGCUGCCCCUGUGUCUGUGUCAGAGCCUGCUGUCCCUGAUGGGGAGCACCCUGAAAACCACCACCCUGGCUGCUCAUCCAAGGCCCCACCGUCCACAUCAACAGUGGCUCCACAAAAAUGCUUUAUACAGAUCAGAGGCAUGACCUGUGCAUCCUGUGUAUCUAACAUUGAAAGAAAUCUUCAGAAAGAAGCUGGUAUUCUAUCUGUGCUGGUUGCAUUGAUGGCGGGAAAGGCUGAAAUCAAGUACAACCCAGAAGUCAUCCAGCCCCCCAGGAUAGCUCAGCUCAUCGAGGACCUCGGCUUUGAGGCUGCAGUCAUGGAGGACCUCACAGGCUCAGAUGGCGACAUCGAGUUGAUCAUCACAGGGAUGACGUGCGCUUCCUGUGUUCACAACAUAGAGUCCAGGCUCACAAGGAUGAAUGGCAUCACCUACGCCUCUGUGGCCCUCGCCACCAGCAAAGCCCACGUGAAGUUUGAUCCGGAAGUUAUUGGUCCAAGGGAUAUUGUGAAACUUAUUGAGGAAAUUGGCUUUCAAGCUUCCCUGGCCCAGAGAAACACCAAUGCUCAUCACUUGGACCACAAAGUGGAGAUAAAGCAGUGGAAGAAGUCUUUCCUGUGCAGCCUGGUGUUUGGCAUCCCUGUUAUGGGAUUAAUGAUCUACAUGUUGAUACCCAGCAAUGGGACCCACGAGUCUAUGAUCCUGGACCACAACAUCAUUGGAGGACUGUCCAUUCUAAACCUCAUCUUCUUUAUCUUGUGUACCUUCGUCCAGUUCCUCGGCGGGUGGUACUUCUAUGUGCAGGCCUACAAAUCUCUGAGACACAGGUCGGCCAACAUGGACGUGCUCAUUGUACUGGCCACCACUGUCGCUUACGUCUACUCCCUGGUCAUCCUGGUGGUUGCAGUUGCUGAGCAGGCAGAUAGGAGCCCUGUGACGUUUUUUGACACCCCACCCAUGCUGUUCGUGUUCAUUGCCCUGGGGCGGUGGCUGGAGCACGUGGCAAAGAGUAAAACCUCAGAAGCCCUGGCCAAACUCAUGUCGCUCCAAGCCACAGAGGCCACCGUUGUGACCCUUGGUAAUGACAAUCUCAUCAUCAGAGAGGAGCAGGUACCCAUGGAGCUGGUACAGCGCGGUGAUAUCAUCAAGGUUGUCCCUGGAGGGAAGUUCCCAGUGGAUGGGAAGGUUCUAGAAGGCAACACCAUGGCUGACGAAUCCCUUAUCACAGGAGAAGCCAUGCCCGUCACUAAGAAGCCCGGGAGCGUCGUGAUCGCUGGAUCUAUAAAUGCACAUGGUUCUGUACUUAUUACAGCCACCCACGUGGGCAACGAUACCACUUUGGCUCAGAUUGUGAAAUUGGUAGAAGAGGCUCAGAUGUCAAAGGCACCGAUUCAGCAGUUGGCUGACCGGUUCAGUGGAUAUUUUGUUCCAUUUAUAAUCAUCAUUUCAACCUUGACGUUGGUGGCAUGGAUUAUAAUCGGUUUUAUCGAUUUUGGUAUUGUUCAGAAAUACUUUCCUAAGCCCCACAAGCGCAUCUCCCAGACAGAGGUCAUCCUCCGGUUUGCAUUCCAGACGUCCAUCACAGUCCUGUGCAUUGCCUGCCCCUGUUCCCUGGGGCUGGCCACACCUACGGCGGUCAUGGUGGGCACUGGGGUGGCCGCCCAGAAUGGCGUGCUCAUCAAGGGAGGCAAGCCUCUGGAGAUGGCUCAUAAGAUUAAAACUGUGAUGUUUGACAAAACUGGCACCAUUACCUACGGAGUCCCCAAAGUCAUGCGGGUCCUGCUGCUCGUCGACAAGGCCACACUACCCCUCAGGAAGGUUCUGGCUGUGGUGGGGACUGCGGAGGCCAGUAGUGAACACCCCUUGGGUGUGGCAGUCACCAAAUACUGUAAAGAGGAACUUGGAACUGACACCUUGGGAUACUGCACAGACUUCCAGGCCGUGCCAGGCUGUGGAAUUGGCUGCAAAGUUAGCAGUGUGGAAGGCCUUCUGGCUCGCGGUGAACGCUCGCCGAAUGAACCAGCUGGACACGUGAAUGGGCUUGGCUCCAUUCCUGAGGAAAAAGUUGCUGCCUCCCAGACUUUCUCUGUGCUGAUCGGAAACCGCGAGUGGAUGAGGCGCAAUGGCUUAACCAUCUCCAAUGACAUAAGCGAUGCCAUGACAGACCACGAGAUGAAAGGACAGACAGCCAUUCUGGUGGCAAUUGAUGGUGUGCUUUGUGGCAUGAUCGCCAUCGCGGAUUCUGUCAAGCCCGAGGCCGCCCUGGCCGUGCACACACUGAAAAGCAUGGGUGUGGACGUGGUUCUGAUCACGGGGGACAACCACAAGACGGCCAGAGCCAUCGCCACACAGGUUGGCAUCAACAAAGUCUUUGCGGAGGUGCUACCUUCUCACAAAGUGGCCAAGGUCCAGGAGCUCCAGGACGAGGGGAAGAGGGUUGCCAUGGUGGGAGAUGGCGUCAACGAUUCCCCGGCCCUGGCACAGGCGGACGUGGGCAUCGCUAUCGGCACUGGCACCGACGUUGCCAUCGAGGCGGCUGAUGUCGUCCUCAUCAGAAAUGACUUGCUCGACGUGGUGGCCAGCAUUCACCUUUCCAAGAGGACCGUCCGGAGGAUACGAGUCAAUCUGGUGCUGGCGCUGAUCUAUAACCUGGUUGGGAUACCUGUUGCGGCAGGCAUCUUCAUGCCCAUCGGCAUCGUGCUGCAGCCAUGGAUGGGCUCGGCAGCCAUGGCGGCCUCCUCCGUGUCUGUGGUGCUCUCUUCUCUGCAGCUCAAGUGCUACAAGAAGCCUGAUUUGGAGAGGUAUGAGGCCCAGGCCCAUGGGCGCAUGAAGCCCCUGAGUGCAUCCCAGGUCAGUGUGCACGUCGGCAUGGAUGACCGGCGGCGCGGCGACUCGCCCAAGCCCACAUCCUGGGACCAGGUCAGCUACGUCAGCCAGGUGUCUCUGUCCUCCUUGACAUCUGACAGGCUGUCUCGGCACAACCCCACAGUGAACUCUGGUGGGGACAAGUGGUCUCUGCUCCUAAACGACAGGGACGAGGAGCAGUACAUCUGACAGCCCCGGGCAGGGAGGGGUCCAGCUCCUUGGGGCCUGGGCGAGUCUCCACGAGGACUCAUGAACCCUCGCUGUGGUUGACCUAAACAGACAUAGCACCAGUAGGCAGCAUCAGGGCGGGCCAAGCUUGCCUGUGGCCUUGAUGGUUUUUCUAGCCAUCCCACAUUGCAGCACGUGUCCUUGCACAGCUGAGGCUGAGCGUCCACCUGGAUAGGACCGCCCUGCCUGGGUCCUGCUGGGCCGGGGGCUUUGUUGGGGGAUUGGCCUGGACUCGAGACAGGGCAGAGUCCAUCCUCCUCACAGACGUGGCCUCUGGUCUCAGGGGUGACUGGUGCUGAUGAAGAACAAGCUCAUCAGGAAUAAAAAAUCCAAAAAACCCAGCUGGGACUCUCCCAGGAACUUCCAUAAACAUGAUCCUGAGCCCUCUUGUAUCUCCAUUUCUGACACCCCAGUUCACCUCAAGGGCACCUGUUGUUUCCUACGGCUCAGUGUCUGUCCUCUAUAUUCUGUGCACUUGGCAAAGGGGUGCACCUCCAAGCCCCACCCCAGCCAUUAUCUCUAGGGCAGGACUUGUGUCUUCGUGGUCCCUGUAGCCACAACUCUCAGACAGUUCUACAAACUUGCCCAUGUGUGUAUCCUCUGGAAUUGGCUUGUUCUCUCUCGGGCAGUCCUGCAGACAUGCAGUGUGUCCCUACCCAACUUAUGGUGCUUUGAAGCAGGUGCCCCCUGCCAGGGACCUCCCGACGUGGGCCUAGGAGCUUCACUUGCAUGGUCUUUGUGUGCCCAGCAGUUCAGGGUCCAGUAGAAAGUCCAUGCAUGGGGCUGCCUGGCAAGGCUUGGUUGGGGAGAAUGGUGUUGCCCAGUACCAGGAGGGCACCAUGCUUUGUGAACCUGCUCUCUGCACAUUGAGCAGGCCCCUUGGGACAGGAAUGGCUGCAGUUUCUCAAAGGCCAUGUGUCCCUGCCUGUGAGUAUGUGUCAUCAGAGGGACAGAAAUGCCUCUAGGAUGGGAGAUUCUGUGACAGACCACUGGGGAGCAGCCUAGGAGAAGCUAGCCGAGUCCUGGGUGGAGCCCCGUGUCACACACCAGACGAUUCUAGUUUGUUAUUAAGGGUCAGCAGUUUGUCAGGGGUGGUAUUAGUGCUUACAAGAGACAGCUCUGAGCUGCCCAGCAAACCGGCCAGAUAGCCUUUUUG